AUGAAUUCCGGAACUGAAUACUGUCCGCUGCAUGCUGAACUCGUGUUAUGGAUGUGUUUUAAUGAUCUGAGCGGCGAUGAAUGUGUGGACUCAUGGCGAGAAGUACUGCUGGCACAGUGCCGUCAGACGGGCUCUAUCUUUUUUCCCAUGUUGUUUACCAUGAUUUCUGGCAAGUCCUUAAAGUUGCCUGAGCUCCCGCAACCUGUACCUCCAAUGCGUGAUGGUUUCGACUUUCGCAAUUGGGUGACGUCCUCUCACGUGCCGCACCAGCGAGGCGGUGGCCAGCGGGAGAUUGAUCCAACGUCCCUUGAAGCCGCUGCUGACACUAUGGAGACCAUCUGGGACCUGGUCUGCCAGCGGGACGAGGAUGCAUUACUUGGCUUCUUUCCCGACCAUGUCCUGGACCAAGCCGCACAACUGCGCUACAUAAUGGAACGCGGCGACUCCCCGGAGUCUGCCUCCUCCUCCUCUGCACCCAUCACAUCCACGCCUCAACCGCAACCUUCUGCCCAACCUGCGAAGUCCCAAUCCCUGCCACAGCCGCCGCCAAAUUAUCCGGACAGCCGACACGUCACACUGCGUGACGUGGUCCAACAGGCGCCCGGAAUGAUGGGCUUCAACUUUGAUAGCUUUGCCACGCGGCACCUGUACGUGUCGCCGCCGACCCGUGGGUCGGUGAAGCGCCUCAGCUGCAUGCGUACGGGACUGGACCGCGCGGUGCUACGGUAUGCGGUGGCAGUGGAGGAUGGGGAGCGGGCAGUGCUCACAUUCGGUCUGGAAUGCGAGGAGCGACUGGCACCGCAGUACCGCUCCGCCCGCGUGGAGUAUGUCUGGCAGCUGGUAUCAGGAACGGGCGAGAAUAUGGGUCUGGAGGUGUCGGAGUUUGGGACAGCAGCAGCGGCAGCGGCUGCGGGGACCUCGCCGACCGCGUCAAAAGCAAGCGACGACGACGACAACGAGGAGGAGGAGGCACACAGCAUGGGGGAUGGUGAUGCGGAUGUUGAAGGCCGGGGCCCGCAUCCCUCGCUGCCCCCGGAAGCCGUCAUCGGCAUCCAGCUGGCGGCGCUCGCGUGCGAGGACAUUUCCCGAGUGUUCGCGUUCGCAUCGCCGGCCAAUAAAGCAGUAACGGGUCCACUGGAGCGAUUCACGAUGCUGCUGCUCCGAGACCCCAAGUACCGACCGCUAGUGCGCCACCGUGUCGCGGAGCAGGUUGACCUCGGCUCGUUGCGGCCAGGGAUUCAUCGCGCCGUGGUCAAGGUCGUGAGCACGAACACAGGUAUGCCCCAAGAAGUCGAGAUGAUGUUUUACUGGGUGCUCAGUCGGCAAGGUCCGGACGCCGGGCCACAGGCAAACUGUUGGAUGACAGAUUCAGUAGAGCUUGUACAUGCUAGGACGCUUAAAUGA